AUGUUCCCAGAAUCCAUUGUAAUGGAUGGUAGAUUGGGAUAUCGAGAUAAUGAUAAAGAAGAAUGGCAAGAAAUAUCGAGAUCUCAGUCUAUGAAGAGAUUUCUCAAAUGCAAUUCUGAAAAUUACCACGAUGGAACAAAAGAGCUUUUGCUUGAUUGUGAACUUCUUCCAUUUUUUGAGUUGGGAAGUGUUCAUCACAGCGAAUACCUCAUCAAUGUCAGGUUCCCAUCCGAGGAUAACGAAUUUUUGGGAGAACUUUAUGACAUCUGGAUUUAUGUGAUCCAUCAAAAUGGCGGAUUCACAUUUGUUUGGUUCUCCUUAAAAACCCUGGUCUUCCCUAUUGUCACAUGCGCUUUGGUCUGGUAUAUUUGGAGACUCUUGCAACUAAACAGGAAGCCUAGUGUCUUGGAGAGAACUUUGUUAGCUGUUGGCGCUGCAAUUACUCUAAUGAAUUUGCCAAUUGAUUGGUUGACUCUCUGGCUGAACAUGCCCUUCAUGAUGUUAUACAGUGACAUAAGGCAGGGCCUCUUCUACUCUGUGCUCCUUUGUUUCUGGGUCAUCUUUGCCGGAGAACAUAUGAUGGAUUCAGUGAAGAGAGAUGACUUGAAAUAUUAUUGGAAGCAAUUAACAGCUGUUGGAGUGGCAUGUGUCUGCAUGUUUCUAUUCGAUUUCUGCGAGAGAGGAAUCCAACUGACCAACCCAUUUUUUUCUAUUUGGUCCACCAGAGCAGGGGCCAAUGUUGCUUUUGGCUUCAUUGUGUUGGCUGGCAUGGCGGCAUGCGUGUACUUCAUAUAUUUGAUGGUCACCAUUGUUUGUGUCUUCAAGAAUAUUUGCGCCAAGAAGCAUGUCAUCCCGUCAAUGAGCAAAGCCAGGCAGAAGUUCUACAAGAACCAGAUCUACCGCUUCUCUUUCCUGAUGACCUUGACAUGGUUGUGUGCUGGCAUGACUGUGGUCUUCUUCAUUGUUGGACAGGUGGAGGAAGGACAUUGGAAGUGGGGCAAUGAGGAUGUCCAGUACACGAGCGCCGUGCAGACUGGAGUUUAUGGCAUGUGGAACUUGUACGUGCUGACUCUACUGAUCCUCUAUGCCCCGUCCAACAAAACUGUAUGCCCAAUUGAUCUGGACGAGAAUUCUCUUUAUAUUAUGCCUAUCCAUAAAUUUCAUAAAAAAGAAACUUUUUCGAAGUCAAUGGCGUUUUCUUGA